AUGGAAACCACACAUCUACCGUUAGCUAUGAUGACCACUACAUUUAAAAAGUGCCACAAUGGUGCUUCUUUAAUAAUUUGUGACUUCUUUUGUCAAUUACACAAGCUACUUAAUAUCGACAAAGGCGCCGAUCAGUCCUUGUUAGUCCUAGCCUCUGGUGCACUUGAAAGUAAAUAUCUUAAUAUAUCUUGGGUCUUUUCUUGUCGAAAGGCUUGCUGCGGACGAUUUAAAACUAGAACGCUGGAACUCAAAAGAAUCAGAAAAUUAAAAAAGCGGUACAAAACAUUUUCCGGCAAACUGACAUUUCCAGUGCACACAUUUUUUCCUUUAAAAAUUAUCCUAUUUCUUUUGAGGCCAUUGAAGCAUAAGGAUUCAAUAAGCUCAACACUUAAAUCUGUCUUCCUCUCAUCAACCUACUUAUCUAACUAUAAAUUUUUCCCAAUGAAGCAUUACUUCUUCCUUUGUGGUGAACAUGUCCUGCGUAUAUCAAACACUGGAUAUUAUGGUCUACUUCCAUUUUACACUCCAUGUAUUUCACAUAAUAUGCUUACAAAUUGCAAAAAUAAUAUGCAUGAAACAAUGGCAAGAAAUGAGGCUGAUUCAUUAAGUGCUCUAAUUUGUCGUGUAAUAUAUCCAAAUCAUUUAAAGUUAACACCACCGAAAUUACUUUGUAAUCCGCUAUUCCCACUUACGCUAAAUGCUUUUGAUGCAGGAUGUGGUGAAUUACCGGUGGGCUGUAAAAUGAAUGCAUUGAGGGACACGUCGACUUUAAUUACGUGGUUUUAA